GGAUACUUGUCGAUGUCCCCGUCGCUUCUAUUAUUUGCGGGGGCGGUAAUAGGUACUGUUGGUGUGUUCUACACUAUUUUAAAGCCUAAAGUGUAUCGCUUAGUGCUCAUAGGUGCUGGUUUUGGGAUGGGCAGCGCUGCUUUUAUUGCUUAUGUAAAUCGCUCAAGACAUUCAGUAACUGCAAGCUUUGUACCUAUAACCCUAAAAACGGCCUCCAUCAAUUUUGAAGAAAUCCGACCAGUUAUUUACGAAAAUUUUGCAUUAGAUCGUAUGGGAAGCGAUCUGCCUGAUUCAAACAAAGAGAAGAGCCGCAUAUAUUCUAAGGACUUUGGACAUCCCAAAGUUUUAGACAUUGAUGAAGUUCGCCGUAUGUGGCUAUCAGCCGUGCUUCCUGUUUUUAGGAGCUACGGUGGAAAAGAAAAAUUUGCAGCAACUGAAUCGGUGGAGGACAUAGAACGUGGUAUUGUUUUUUGUGAAAUAGGGAGCAAAUUCGGUGAUAUCUGCCUGCAGCUUCUGGCGGAAACAAAAUGCACAAAGACUAUAGGAAUUGAAGCAAAUUCAUCACUAAUACAAACAUCCAAGGAAGUUGCCAAGCGGGCGCAAGAGUAUUAUCCAGAGGUUUUCAACGGAAAGGAAUGCAUAUGGAUUGAAGACGAUUUUUCGAACUGCACCGAUAUACUAAAAAAAGAAGCCGUUAAUACAAUAUUCACUUACGAAAGACUGAUUGAUAAAAAUCUAAUGGAGAAACUUACUUCUUUUGCUCGUUCAGUACCCUCUGUUAAGUGUAUAGUUACCUCACAAAAGAUCGAUGAUGAACUUCUAAAAUCCGCCUCAUUUGGGCUCACUUUUGUCUUCCAUUCGUCUUCUGAUUGGAGCAAGGGAUCGCUCCUUUAUGUUUAUCAAAGACAAUAGAGUCUAAAUAUACUUUCUCAUCAUGCCAACAUGGAUAUAAGAUUAUGAUAUCACUUAUCAUACACAUAUAAAAAAAUCUGAUUGCUUUUGAGGUAUCUAUUGAAAUAGUGAUAUGAAAUUUUCUCAAUAA